CUGUGCAUCCUCGUCUGUUCUCAUCUCCAUGGCCACAUCAGAUGGAUCAGAAGAUUGCGUUGUGCAGAGAGGAAGAUCUCACAGUGACCCGAGCAUCCUUACCGACGCGCGUGUCGUCUAUACGAACAGCACAGAUGUAAUGGAUCAGCAGAAAGCACUUCACUCUGCUUGUCUUGUGUCAGGGGUCCGGACUCCCCCCAUCCGCCGCAACAGUAAACUGGCCAGCCUGGGACGCAUCUUCAAGCCCUGGAAGUGGAGGAAAAAGAAAAAUGAAAAACUGAGACCGGGCUCUACAGGGCUGGAGAGGAGAGCGCCCAGCAGGCAGAAUGGUGACGGUCUGGUCAGGAAGGGCCUGGCAGAAGCUGGCAUGGAGUCUGGCCUUGUGUGUGGUGGGAGUACAGAGGAGCGAGGGACCCCCCUGCUGGACGAGUCCGACGGGGACGAGCCCAUGGCGCCGCUGGCCAGCAACACGGACGAUCUCGGCUCUGAUGAAGACAAUCUGUCCUCAGAGCGAGACGCCGCAGAGAUGACAGAAACAGAAGGGGAACUUGAGCAAAGUGAAGAUGAGGAGCAGCCUUGUGUCGAUGCCUCGAGCAGAGGGGCCAGUGUGGGGCCCGCUGAGGCUCCUGAGUGCCAUGAGGAGAGAAAAGAGCAGCCACCGCUCAGAGAAGUCCACACUCCUCCAGCCAAACUUGCUGUGAAGCUGCUGACUCGACUGGGCAGUCUGGACAGUACCCCCUCUAAUCAGAGGCGUCCCGCUCCAGCCACGCUGCCCAGGAACUUCACCCUGCCCAAAGACGCCCUGCGGGGCAGGUUCUCCACCCCCACCGGCUCUCCUUACUUAGGGGUCAUGCACCCUCAGCUGCCCCCUAGCUGCAUCAUCGAGGAACUGCACCGUGCGCUGGCCACCAAACACCGGCAGGACAGUUUCCACGGUAAGGAGAUGCGUGGUUCCCCCAGACGGCGCUCGGACGGACGGCUGUCCCGCACCGCCAGCACUGAGAAUGAGCCCAGCACAGAGGUGCAGAACAAGAAAGAAGUCGAAGAGAACAAGGAGAACAUGCGUCUGGACGAAUACUACAGCGACCCGGACAGCUGGAACGAGUCCGUCAUCUCCGGUACACUUCCACCACGAAUCAGAAAAGAGCUUCUGGCAGUGAAGCUGCGUAACAGACCCAGCAAACAGGAGCUGGAGGACAGGAACAUCUUCCCUGUGCGCAGUGAUCAGGAACGCCAGGAGAUCCGCCAGCAGAUCGAAAUGAAGCUUGCCAAGAGACUGAGUCAGAGACCAGCGGUGGAGGAGCUGGAGAGCCGGAACAUCCUCAAACAGAGGAAUGACCAGACAGAGCAAGAGGAGAGAAGGGAAAUUAAGCAAAGGCUUAACAGAAAGCUCAACCAGCGGCCCACCGUUGAUGAGCUGCGGGACAGAAAGAUUCUGAUCCGUUUCAGUGACUAUGUGGAAGUGGCCAAAGCUCAGGAUUACGACAGGAGAGCGGACAAGCCCUGGACCAGACUAUCUGCUUCAGAUAAGGCGGCGAUACGCAAAGAGCUGAAUGAGUUCAAGAGCAAUGAAAUGGAGGUUCAUGCAUCAAGCAAACACCUGACAAGGUUCCAUCGACCAUAGCAAGGUUUCUUCCGUGAAGAAUAUGCUAACGGUGUCUCUGUGAAGUCCCAGACCUCAGGGGGCUGUCCAUGGCUGCUCCAUGGAGGGCCUGAUAUUUGGGCGCUAGUGAACCUUGGAGGCUAUGUCUCUGGAGCUUCAGCCUGAAAAAGCUAAAACCCCUUCAAACUCCACUCAGUCCAGCUACAAGUCUGUAGAUUAUUGAGCCUUUAUUCUUUUUCAGGGGACUCUUGUGAGACAGUGGAAGACUGUUUGAAAGACACUGACUUUUUAGUUGUUUUUUGUAAUGGACUGUUUUAACCAGUCGCCUUUUGAUGCCAAUGGGGGGGAGGGUGGGGGUCAAGCAUGUGACUCUUUUCAAUCUUUUUCCCGCACCAGUGUUGGUGCUGUAGUGACACUCUGAACGUUUCUGGGCUCCUACUAAAACUUGAGUUUCAUAUCAGCUGUAUAGAUGUUAGUAUGAGGAACGGAAAUCAUGUCUUACCUUUGCAAGGACUAUUUAUUGUCUGUACAGUACAAGCUUUGGAUUUUUAACAAACAACAAGAAUUUCUGUCUUCUUUUCUGAAUGAAUGAAUGGAAGCAUGGAUGAAUAAUGAAUCAAUUUAGCUGAAACACUGUGCUCAUACUCCCAUGGACC